UUUUCUUUUCUUUUCUUUUCUUUCCCCUAUAAUCACUCUUUUCUUCUCUAUAGUACUACACUACUACUAACUCUUACAUGUAAACACUCCAUUUAUUAAUAUUCCCACCUUUGUAGUAAUUUGUUGUACCAUUAAACUUAGGAAUUAUCAAGAGAACACACACACAAAAAAAAAAAGUAAAAAUGGCGGGAACAGUUAUUGCAGUAGAUUCAGCAACACAAACAUAUGAUUUUUUGUCAGAUGAAGAAGAAGAAUGUUAUAAUGUGCAUGGAAUGGGGAAUUGUAGUCCCAGAGUGGUUGUGGAUACUUCACACCCAUUCGAGUCGGUUGAAGAAGCUGUUAUUCGCUUUGGUGGUCGUGGCUUUUGGAUCCCUCGGCCUAUUCUUGCUCCAGAUGAUCAUUAUCAUAACACAGAACAACCUGAUGUGCAAAAACUCGAUGAUCGAACCGCAACAAUGCUAAAAGAUCUACAAAAGAAAGAACAAGAAACACAAGAGAUCCUAAAAGAACUUGAGCUAACCAAAAGGCUAGUAGAAGAACUAAAACAAAAGGUCCCAAAAGAACCUCCUAACAAAGAGUAUGUGAACAAAUAUCCUGUUGAUCAUACCAUUGUGCAACCCACAAGCAAGAACGAAGAACAAUCGAAUCAAAUCCCAUCAUCAGCUGCUGGGGUUAUAAUGAUGGAGUUAAAACAAGCGAAACACAGUCUUUAUCGGAACACCCAUGAUCUUGCUGAGCUCCGCGCUUCUGUGGAGGCACUCAGCAAGAAAAUGGAUGAUAAAAAAGUGUCGUUGGAAAGGCCUCGAGACAUUACUGUUGGUGGGUGUGUUAACUCGAUGGCAAUCUCGAGGGAGCUUAGAGAGCUGAACUAUGAGGCAGAACAGUUUAUGAAGACAGCAGAAGCAGCAAGAUCAGAAGUUAUGAAGGCAAUGUCAGAUGUUGAGCAGACUAAAACAGGGCUAAAAAUGAUAGAAAUGAGAUGGGUUGUGGCUAAAAAACUCGAGGAUGCUGCUCGGGCUGCUGAAAGUCUUGCACUAGCCGAGAUUAGGGCAUUAACAAGCAAUGAAAGUGUGGUGUAUGAUCAGGGUAAUAGUCAGAAUCAUCAGCAAAAACAGGAUAGAAUUAGUCUCACGUUAGAAGAGUAUUGUGCUUUAGCUGAUAAGGCUCAAAAAGGCGAAAAUAUGUUCAAAAAGAGGUCGGAAAUGGAUGGAAAUGAGGAGAAAUUAAGGAAGAUUGAGGCAUUUAGAAACUCGUUUCCUACACGAGCUACACGAAGGGACUCUAGGUUGCUCGAUGGGAAUGAGUUCGAGUAUGGUAGGAGCGAGUGUAACAAGGUGGUUGCAAGGCCAACGACAUCGAUUGGUGAUAUUUUGAGUAGGAAACUUGUGUUGAGGGAUGAUUUGGAAGUCGAGGCGAAGGAAGAGAGGAGUGUAGGAGGGAAACAAAGAGUGUCAUUGAAUCAAAUGUUGAGGAGACAUAGAGGAGAAAGUGUUUCUCCUCCUAAGAGAAGAGGAAAAGAAGGGAAUGAAGGGAAGAAUUUUUUUUCUAAGAGAAAGGGAUUAGGAUUUGUUCAUAUAUCACUUCCUAUGUCUAAGCAUAAUAAGAAUAAGAUCCAAGCAUUGAAUUUUUGGCGUGGCGAUGAUGAGUAAAUGAAUUAUAAUGAAUGGUUGUGUGCAGGGGCAGAGCAGAAAUACGUUCUAAUUUUGAAAGUGAUUAGUAUUUGAGAUAUCUUACUUUAUGGGAUAUUAUGCGAUUGGGCACCUUGCACAUGUUCAGAUUUACCUUUGGUAAUUGUGUGCUUUAAUAUUAGCUAACAUAUUCUUUCUUAUAUUAUUAGUAUGUUUGUAAUCUUUCUUCGAUUGUGUGGUGCUUUCUAUUUAUGUUUGUAUUUGGGUUGUAAAGGGUUUUCUCUAUAUGAUUUGUGCUUAUAUUUGGAGUAUGAAUGGAUUCCUUCGUUUGUUUGAA